AUGCAUUUGCAUCUGCCGCAUCUUAGCAGCGGCUGGACCGACAGUCAUGGAAGAACACACAUCAACGACGGCGACAUGGCCAACAUGUACAGCGACUUUCAUAAAGCCUUGGGCGAGACUUAUUGGCAAACGGCUAGCAAUCAAAAAAGUGAGAUCAAAUCAAUAUAAUCGCUAUGGUCUCGAUCAUUUUUAUUAAAAUCAAUUCACCCACAAAUCAAUUAAGUUUGCGAGGAUGCGAUGCAAGCUCUACGAAAAACGCACAUCUCGAAAAAAACGGCAACUUUUUUGAAAAAUUUUGUCGCACUAACGCGUGACGCCUACAGUCAUGCUCACUACAACGUCAACGAGCUUUUCUAUGAGCAAAGGUUGGAGUUUUUGGAUCAAAUAAAGUCACACUUUUCAGCUUUCAGAACCAUCGUCCGUUCAGAGUACUGGCACGAAAUCGCAAAAAUAUAUCAUGUAGUGAUGCUCAAAGCCGAUAAGGUUGGGUAUAUUUUAAAAAAAACGUUUCCAUAAAACACACUUUGAGGUGAUGCACCACGAUAAUACAUUAUUGAAACUAGAGCUCAUAAUGCAUUUUGUCAACCUCUACAGCAUGUACAAGGAUAUUGCGGACGAGGUCAGCCAAAACCAAUUGAUUGAUAAAAACUUGAAACCUAUCGGUUCACCACGAGAAGUCAAGGGCUCUUCAAGAGACGUCGUCUUCUUAUGUCAAAAACUAACAGGCCUUCUGGUCGGAUCGUAGGUGAAAGACGGGUGACAGUCGCGCGAACCGACGAACAUCUCUUAGAAUAUUCUAUGAUUCAGUCGAUAUAGCAUCACUCUGAAGACUGAAUAUAUUUUAAAUGUUAAAAACCUCUCAUUUUGAGGACUUUGUCGUUGAUGCACACUCGAGAGCGUCAACGAUCUAUGCUGCCAUUCACCAGACGCCAAACGUGACGGACCAGGAGAGAAGCAAGGUGCCAAGAGAGUUCUGAAAUGAUCCAAUUAGAGAACGAAACAUUCAGAAACGAAAAAAAAGCAAAAUUUUAGGCACAAGAAUAUUCGGAAGCUGUGGAAUUGGCAUAUCGUCUUCGGCAUGAGCAUGCGCGGUACGCCAACGACGAAACGAGACGAGUGGGAGAAGUUCCUUCAAUAGACUUGUCCGAGACAAUUGAAAAUAUGUCUUGUGGAGAACAAAAGGACCACGAUAAUGAUGACGACCAGGAAAUGAGGCGGAUGCUGACGGAAAAUUUGAAACUGCGACACGUCGUCCAGCAAAUUCAUCAGCACAUCGACGACCGUUACAAGCAACUGAUUGAUCAAGAUGAGCCGAAUCACGCGAAGACACCUUUGAAAAGCCAGUUUGCGGAGCCUGACAGUCAAGAUGAAGGUGAUUUGGCAUCGUUCAAGUUUCUAACGACCACAAGAGUAUAGUAUUGGGAGAUCCGAGCAGUUUUAAAAAACGAUUCGUUAAUUAAGAAAUAUACGUUUUGAAAAAAGAAAAUAUUUUUAUUUCUCAAAUCAAAUUCGACUAGGCUGCAUGUUGACUGUAAUUUAUUUUCCCUACAAAAAUUUCUUCAAACAACUUCUUCGCUUUUCAGAACAUGAUAGCGACUCAAGCGAUGCGGAUACGGUGAUUGCUAUGGCGGUUAGACCGACACUAAUGGCUGGUUUGAUGGCGGAAUCGGUGACGCGAUCACGGCCUCUCCGCGUUUCAAUGUCGCCGGACGCCGUCAACACUUUCGAACCGGCGGCGGAACCCAAUGAGCCAAACGCCUUUCUAGAUCUACACCAAGUCGAACUUAAACCUUUACAAGAACUAGACUCUAGAAUGACGAGCGUCCCCGAGUUUCCGGCUCAUCACCCUCAGUUAAACCAGCCACUCAUCGAUUUGGAUAGUGAGCCAGCUUUUGUCGAGCCGUCCCCAGUUUUUGUGGAAAUUGAUGGCCUGUUGAGUCUGAAUGGUUCACAGCCACCGGAGAGUCUGUUCGAAGAGCCGCCAAUCCUACAAGUAUUGCAAAAGGAAACUGAGAUGGAAGAAAUCGCCCUCCAAGUCGACUGGUGGAGCCAAGUGCGGACAAGACCUUCCGCAGAAAACCUUUUGGAGCAAGAGGAACCUUUUUUGAACGUGCCAUCGGAAAAAUCUUCCGAUAUCGUGUUGGAACGGGCUCAAGAGAUGCAAGAAAUGAAAAUUAAUCUCUCGAAUAUAGAAAACACCCAUGAAGCGCUAGACGCACAGCAAGAAAUGAAAGACUGGAACAAAACGCUGGACGAUGUUACUCGAAAAUCAGAAAGAGCACGUAAACUUUCGAAUAAACUUUGGCAGAGUAUAUCCAACAAUUAUCAGAAUGCAGCCACCAGCACUAGUUCAACUAUCCAAACGAGAAAAAGCCGGGACUUCAUAUCUGAAACAACAGAGGUGUCUUGUAGCCGAGCUUGUUCGACCAGUGGACUUGCAAAUGAACAAGUACCCCCGCUGCAGAAAGAGACAAAAACAAAAGAGAAGGUUGCCGAAGAAUUCCAAGACGGAAGUAUCAGCGCUGAAUGCACUACGAGUACCACUGAAACUAGAGAAAACCAUCAAGAAAAAGUUACACGAGUCAGUGAUCACUCGACCAGCAGAAGUGGAAAAGUGAGGGAACGACGAGAAAUAAACAUCGACGAAGAGAUUGCCAGACGGAUGUCGUUGCAAUUUCCACCGAGUCCAGAAUCAUCAAAAUCGAGUUUAAACGUGUACUGCACGCUUCCUCGACGUUCCGUUCAACAAGCACCUCAAGCAGAAGACCGUCUGACGAAUAGUACUGUUCUUGAACCUUUCGACCCGAAGUCAGAGUUUGAGCGCCGCUUCCCCAGAGCCAAAAAGAGCAUCAAAUCAAUUUUCAACUUCAAGUAAGUUUUUUACUCUAAAAAAUAAGAAAGUAUUUAUCUUGUUCAACUCUGCUUUUCAAAUUUUGCCCAUUUUAAAAUGAUCAACUCCCAGACUACCGGUCAUUUCAAAGACGAGUGAAAGGCGUCCAAGGCGAAUCGCAGCCCACGAAAUGCAGAUUGAUGAAAGCUUGUCGGUGAGUUCAAAUUACAUCUUUCAAAAAAAUAUUUUUUUAUUUGUUUGAAAUCUCUCUUCCCAACAUUUUGCACACCCGAAUGCAAACGGUUUUUCAUUCGAAACCAGUUCAGAAGUCAGUUACUGUGUUCGAGGAGAUGGACCUGGAGACUUCGAAAGAAAGAGGAAGCCAAAUCCCAGCGUCACAAGUAUCGACUUUAUCCAUCGUGGCGCCGCGUAAACCACCUCGAUCAAUGAUUGAGGACAGGAUAACGAAUAUCGAGGUUCGAUGUGAAAAAAAAAGGUUUUGAACAACAACGAAGACAACGUUUUAGGAAAAAUACACGGUGGUUGAAGCAAGCAUCAUCACCGAAAAUUGA